AUGCCCAAAAGAGCGUAAAAGUCAAUAUCUAUAAAUGGAAUUUAUUUGUGUUUAAAGCUAAACAUUAACUGAAUAUUGAAUACUGCCAAACCUCAGAACAAUGCAGACACAAAAAUCUUUUGACAAAAUUAUCAAAUAGAUGCACUCGGUAUUCGGUUCUCGGUAUUCUAAAUAAAAGAAAAAUUUUCUUUUCUUUCUAGUACAUAACAUACACACACUUGAAAAUGUGACAAUUUGUCUUUAUCGUAUUAAAAUAUAGAAAUAAAAGUAAUGUACAUGUAGUGGUUGUCACCGUGAAAAAUGAACAAAUGAUCAUCACAAUCCAAAAAUGAUAAAAUUAAUUACCACUGUUGGCUUUUGGUAAAAUAUGUGGGUAGGCAAAAGUGUGUCAGAAACGACAGUUCUACGCACAAUAUCAAACUAUGAAGAAAAUUAUUUAAAAAAGUUAUUACUACUAUUAUGCACUUGUCGUAUUCUUCAUACUUGGUGGGAAUUGAACAAAAUUGAUUAUAAAAUAAUCGUUUAGAUCUGAAAGUGUUAUUUAAUCAAUUCGUAUCUCCAGCGCGAAAUUAUUUUUUAUCAACAUCAUGCAGUGUUACGUGCUUUACUAUACUGUGAUAUUAACAUUAAGCAUAUUUGAAGCAAAUACACAAGACUUUGGACGAUCGAUAUUUAAUAUAUGGAAAAAUUCAAAUAUACCACAAAAUUCACAACGUCAAGGAUCAAUUGAUGAAUUUAUCGCCCUCAGGCCGACUACUCCAAAACCCAAUGAAUACGAACCAUGCAUUCCGCAGCAGUUUUUCCCAAGGCGCGAUAAAAGAUCACCACAUUUCCGAAGGAUAGCAUUUCAAUCAAAUUAUCCAGUGCCAGUGAAUGUAUACCAACAAAAUGUAGUGAACAAACCAUCCUAUAAUGGCUACGGAGGCUAUUAUUGUGGUAAUCAUCAACCGGGUCACAACAACUAUUUAACACAUUUUCCAAAUUUAUUUGGUGGAAUUUUUGGGACGAAUUCAAAUGCAAUGGUUGCAUCUCCACUAUUUGACGCCAAUGUAAAACCCGUACAUGAAAACAACGGUGACAACAUCAAUCCAAAUGGAAUAGAUCAAUGGAAACCAGGAAAACCAGUUGGAGGAAUACAAAACAUUGUGGAUGGACAUAAUCAAGACCUUUCUAGCAAUCGAUUUCCCAAAUUUUUUUGAAAUUUAAUCAUAAAUUAAACCACUAAUUUAUAAGCAAUUAUGUACAUAAUUCUUUAAUUGAUUAAUAAUAAUUGAUUCAAAAUGA